UUUGUAUUCCCUUCUCCAUCAACUUUGCUGCUUCCUUUAAAUUCACUUCAACAAUGUCUAAAGGCACAGUUUUGGUUACAGGAGCAGCUGGAUUUAUCGGCUCACAUACAGUUCUACAAUUAUUGGAGGCGGAUUAUGAAGUUUUGGCAUUAGAUAAUUUUAGUAAUUCAAUUCCACAAGAUGAAGGGAAGAAUAAUGCUGUUAGUUUGCAAAGAGUUUCUGAAUUGACUGGAAAGAUUAUAAAAUUCUUCCAAGCUGACGUUCUAGAUUUGCCAAAAUUAGAAGAACUUUUCGAAAAGGAAAAAUUUCGUUCAAUUAUUCAUUGUGCUGCUUUAAAAUCUGUUGGGGAAUCUGUGGCCAAACCUUUGGACUAUUAUAACAACAAUAUUGUUGGCUCUCUUAAUUUAAUUAAGUGCUGUCAAAAAUUUAAUGUCAAAGAAUUCAUUUUCUCGAGUAGUGCAACUGUUUAUGGUGAACCAGAGUCUUUACCUUUAACUGAGGAAAGCCGUGUUGGUUUGGGAAUUACUAACCCUUAUGGACAAACUAAAUUUAUGGUUGAACGAAUUCUUAUGGAUUUGAAACGAGCUGAACAGGACUGGAAAAUUUCAAUUCUUCGUUACUUCAACCCUGUUGGGGCACAUCCAAGUGGAUUGAUUGGUGAAGAUCCUCAGGGAAUUCCAAACAAUUUGAUGCCUUACAUCGCAAAAGUAGCUGUUGGUAAAUUGCCUCAUUUAAAUAUUUUUGGAACAAAUUAUAAUACUCCUGAUGGCACUGGAGUUAGAGAUUAUAUUCAUAUUGUUGAUUUGGCUAAGGCUCACGUUUCUGCAUUAGAUAAUAUUGGCAAAGAUAUACCAAAAGGAAGUAAUGGAGAAGAAUUGGCAGAGAUUUACAAUUUGGGAACUGGAAAGGGAUAUUCUGUCAAGGAAAUGGUUGCAGCCUUAGAGAAAGCGUCAGGGAAAAAGAUGCCUUACAUCGCAAAAGUUGCAGUUGGAAAAUUGCCUCAUUUAAAUAUUUUUGGAACAAAUUAUAAUACUCCUGAUGGUACUGGAGUUCGUGAUUAUAUUCACAUUGUUGAUUUGGCUAAGGCUCACGUUUCUGCACUAGAUAAUAUUGGCAAAGAUAUACCAAAAGGAAGUAAUGGAGAAGAAUUGGCAGAAAUUUACAAUUUGGGAACUGGAAAGGGAUAUUCUGUCAAAGAAAUGGUUGCAGCUUUAGAGAAAGCGUCAGGGAAAAAGUUAACAGUAAAAGAAGUAGAGCCUCGCCCUGGAGAUUUGGCUAUUUUAUAUUGUGAUCCUUCUUUGGCAUUCAAAAAACUUGGAUGGAAAGCGGAAUAUGGAAUAGACGAAAUGUGUAGAGACACUUGGAAUUGGUGUGUUAAAAAUCCUGAUGGAUUUGCCAAAAAGGCAGAAUGA